CAACCCUUCGACUUCGACUAAUUUUUUGAAUAGUGGAAUCAAUUUCGAUUUUGAUAAAUUUUGUCGAUAGAUAAGAGACAUUUCUUUAUGAUUCUGCUUGUAUCUAGAUACGUCGAUUACAAAUAUAGUGGUAGUUCACUUAUCUGUAAUUGGUAAACCAAUUCAACAAGUUGAUGACCAAUAUUUCAGACAUUAAAUAAAAUGGUUUUGUGCCCUACAGAACAUGGAUUACAAGCUGAUGUUAUUUUCAUUAUAGAAGGGACAGCAGUAAAUGGAGCAUAUAUAAACGACAUCAAGACAAAUUAUAUUAUACCCUCAUUAGAGUAUUUCAGUCAAGGAAACAUUGAUGACACUAAUUAUGUUUCUGAAAAUGCAAAUACAAUAUACGGCAUUGUAGUUUAUCAUGCUGUGGAUUGUUUGCCACGUCUCUGUAGUGACACUUUUGGUCCAUUUUCAACCCCCACAAAAUUGUUAAAUGCUAUCGAUAAAUUAGAUCUUAUAGGUGGAAAAGGUGAAUCUCAUUCUAAUAUUGUGGAAGGACUAGCGACUGCUUUGCAUUGCUUUGAAGAACUGCAACAGAAAAGAGACCCUUCUGCUACAGUGCAAAAACACUGCAUUCUAAUAUGCAAUUCUCCACCAUAUCUUCUUCCUGUGUUGGAGUCCCAUGUUUAUUCGGGAAAAACGGCUGAGCAGUUAGCAGCAAUUUUGCAAGAAAAAAAUGUUAAUCUGUCUGUGAUAUCUCCCAGAAAAAUUCCAUCUCUGUAUAAGCUAUUCGAAAAAGCAGGUGGAGACUUAACAUCUUCACAAACUAAGAAUUAUGCUAAAGACCCUAGGCAUUUAGUUUUACUUAAGGGUUUUAGUCUGAAAGAAAGACCCAUCAGCCCGCCAGCAGGCAACGUUACCCCAAGUCAAACCCAAAUUCAAAAUGCAGGUAUUCCGAUAACGUCUCUCCCUAGUCCGUUGCAGGGAAGCGACAGCCCAAUACCCGGAACCAGUCAGCCCAAUACAAACUUACUUGUGAGCAAUAGCAAUGCGGGUGUGGCAGCGGGCGUAGGACAGAACACUGUAUAUAGACCAACAGCAGCGCAAGGAAUGAAUCAACCUCUCGUACCUAAUCAAAAAGUAAAUGUAGCUGCAGGAAGAAUGAUGGGAACCAAUCAGAUGCCCCUUAUGCAGGUGCCAGCUCCUCCUGGUUAUCACGCUACAGGUCAUGUAACCCGGACUUCUCCUCAUUGGACGAUGCCCCCACCCUCGCAGCAGCCAAGACCAUACUUGCAGCAACCAAAUCAACAAGUGAAUACUACACAAAGCAGUGCCCUUAUUGCUCAGCUUACCCAACCACCAUCGUCUAUAUCAGGCACAGGAGUCAAUCAAUUUGGACAAAUGUCGGCCAGUUCGCCAUUAAAUAAAAUGAAUAUGAACCAGCCAAAUGUACAAACUUCCAUGUCUCAGAACCAGCCAGGAAUAUCGACUUCUAUGGCGCAAGUGUCACAGGCCAACCAAGUAGCUACCUCACAAGCUCAGAAUCCACCGCAGGGGCAACCUCAACAAAUGGGUAACGUAAGGGAAAGACACACAAUUUGGCAAGGCUUGCUUGAAUGGAUUGAAAAACCGAAGAAUUCCGACCAGCAAAAAAUUACGAAACACGUUCCAUGUCAAGUGUCUGCCAAUUCUAAAGAUGGAGAGCCAGAACUGAAAGCAGAUGGCUGGCCUCAGAAACUUAUCAUGCAGCUAAUGCCUAAGCAACUGAUUGGGAAUAUCGGUGGUGCUUACUUAAAAAAUUCCAAGUCUGUAUUGUUUCAUCCACAGUCAUGCGAUGCACUAGAAUCACUGACUAGGGUCAUGAGUUCAGGAUUUGCAGGUUGUGUGCAUUUUACGAGUAUUCCUCCUUCAGCAUGCGAAAUUAAAGUGCUCAUACUGUUGUAUACUGCAGAUAAAAGAGCCUAUCUUGGAUUCAUACCAAAUGAUCAGGCUGCCUUUGUUGAUAGACUGAGAAAAGUGAUUCAACAACAGAAAUCAACUCAACAACAAAUGAGACAGGGCGGUCCUGGAGGCCCUUCCAUAAACCCUCAAGUAGGAACACCCCCACAAAUAGGAGGAGGUAGCCCGGCGACUUCACAAAAUACUCAGAAUUUGCUAAUAUCCCAGACAAACACGAUCGCUAUGGGUGGCGGACAAAUAACGCAGAACGUCAGCUCUGCUGGUCAGCCGGGACAGGGAAUGGGCGGCAUGAUAGGCCAAAGUGUCUCUCCUGGAGGUAUGAGGCCGAACAUCAGAAUGCAGGGCAUACAGCCCGGGGCGAACCAACCCAAUAUGCAGCCGGGUAUGAUGCAGACGCCCGUGCAAAGGGCUCCGUUUGAGAACCAAUUGGAAGUAGAAAGAAGACAGAACUUGGAAAAGAUAAACCAGUUGAAGCAGACAUUGGAGGCGGCGCAACAACAAGAGCAGCAAUACAAAAGCCAAUUGGAAAGGAUUAGUCACAUGAAAACUUCGCAAUUGCAGGAGGCGUUGCAACUUGCACAGCAAACUGAGAUGCAGUUCAAAAUACUUGAGAAUCAACGUCAACAAAUGGCAAAUCAAGGUAAUCCUCAAGCGGCAACGGCUCAGCAACAACAACGAUUAAUGAGACCUGUAAUGGCCAAUAAUCCAGGAUUGAGACAUUUACUUCAACAGCAACCUCAGUAUAGACAACAGCUUAUCAACAUGCAGCAAAUGGGCGGAAAUGGGCCAAGACCUCAAAUGGGUCAACAGAUGCCCAAUGCGGGCAACAACCAACAAAACACAUUUGACGAUUCCAGUUUUGACUUCGGCAUUAUGUAACGAUUUUUUAAUUAGAAUACAGUAGUGACAGCUGUUUAAUGCUAUACAGUGUGUAACGGUUUAUAGAUGUACAGGUUAUUAACUCGUGACCUAAUUAAAUUACGUAAUUUUUUUUUAAGAAAGGCGCGUUUUACGCAGCAGGCAUUACUAGCCUGCAGCAUUCAGGACACUUGACCCAUUGUGCAUGUCGCUAGUAGUAAGUUUAAUGCUGCAAACGAUAUACAUUCGGCCCAAUAAAUUGACUGUGACAGCUUUGCCAUGACCAACAUGUCAGUUUUUUUAUUGCCCAUUACAUCACUAUGAUUAAGAACCUAGAUCAGCUUCACACAAUUACCCCAUACAAGGCCAUGAUAUAUUAUAUGAGCGUAUGCGAGUUGAUCCUAUACAAAAACGCAUGUAAGGCUAUUAUCUAAAUAGCUACGCAUAUUUGAAUCUGCUAAUUAAGAUAUCAUUUCCUUCGAAUAUUUUCUUGUGUACAAGCAGACAUGAAUAAUUGCAUCCUGAAAGACUAUGGCAUAUUUUGCAAGAUAGAAUAAAUUCACCUCCACUACAGAUGCUGACCACUGAGCCCUCGUCUGAUUGAAGGUAUCAGUAAACCAAACGAGUCCUUUUUGAGACCUGAGUUUCAGGGUUAGCGAACUAGAUAUCUCUAUGUGGGACGGGACAUCUUGUUAUUAAUAUCUCCAAGACACUUAAGCCUUUUCUACUAGUUUUUUGAAGACCACCCUGUGACCCGCUACAAUUCUAAAUCCUAAGCCUGCUAUAAUUAUUUCUUUUUAGUCUGAAAACUUGUAUUAAUAAUUUUUAUACCCGAAAUCUAAUAACACUUCUACACCCCCUUAGCUUGACCUACAAUUAUUUUUUCAAUUAUUAAAUAUUAAUUUUUCUAAUUACAAAAUAUUCAUUUAUUUUCUAUUUAUAUUAAUGGCUUGUACACCUGUAAAUUGGAACACCAUGUAUAUAUGCUGAAUGUUGUAUAUCGUUAGUGUAAGCACUAAAUAUUUUAUAAGUGUAAGAUUUAUAUAAUUGUUUAUGUUUAUAAGUUUGGAUCUUUUCUGAGAUUGAAUAAAUUAGUAUCAUGAUAUAA